UUGAGUCUUUUACCCAAUCAGGUCAAACGCACGCUGCUCUGCUCCUCUGACAGUCAGAAUCAGAAACAUGGCGUUACGGGAGCUAUCAUCGCUGGAGAAAUACUUAGGAUUGAAAAAGCCGAACAAGUACAGUACACAGGGGGAUAAGAAGAUACCUGUGCUACAGAAUAAUAAUGGUCCUCCACUGGUAGGGAUGGUGACUAUCGCCUGUCACCUGGUGAAAGAGGCCAAGCGCCCAAACCUGCUGGGAGACUGUGCAGAGAGCAGGGCUGUGGUGCAGCAGUGGCUGGAGUACAGAGUCUCCAAGCUGGACGGCUGCACAAAGGAAGACAUCAAGACCAUCCUGAAGGACCUCAACCUCUACCUGCAAGACAAGGUCUACAUGGCUGGCAACCAGUUCACCUUAGCUGACACUUUCAUGUACUAUGGAAUCCAUCCACUCAUAGUGGACUUGGCCAUCCAGGACAAGGAGCAGUACGUGAAUGUGACGCGAUGGUUCGACCACAUUCAGCACUACCCCGGCAUCCGACACCACCUCCCUCCCGUAGUUGUGCCCAGGAACAGACUUUACACCAGCAAACACCACUGAGACCCGACCCCCCCCCAUCCCAGCCUGACGCAUCACAAGCUCGUCUGUCUUUUGGACUAGACCUAGGCAAAUUAUCAUCUAAAAUCCAACAGCGUAUCGCUUCAUUGUCACAAUUUGAGGAUGUUUCCACAUAGUCACUUCUAUCCAAGAUCUCCUUUUAUCGGAUCAUGAUUCCUGCCUUAAUGUUUUGUCCUGGUCACAUACCUAAACCCUGUUUGCUCUUUGGGUUUAAAAAAAAAAAGUUUAACCAGGAAAAUCAACAACAAAACUAAAGCCUAACAGCUUUAGUGUAUGAGGAACUGAAACGCCAUUAAGGGAUUGCUUACUAAUAAAUUCAAGUUCAGUUCAUA